AGAGCGGGCGCGCUGCCCUCCUCGCUGGAUGCUGCGGUGGCCGCCCGGGAGCAGCCGCGCUCCGCUCCCGGUCCCCCACCGCCGGUGCCGACCAGGGGCCGAGCUCACCGGGAGCAGCAGCGCUCGGUCUCCGCUGCCGGGACCAGCGCGGCGCGGAGAUGGUGCCGCUGGUGCGGAGCGCCGGGGGCUCCCACCAGUGGCUGGCGAUCGCUUUCCUCGGCCUUUGCUCGUUCCUUCCUCCCGGGAGAUUCGCUGCACCGGGCGGAGACUUCCCCGGGGCUGCCGUGGACAAUCUGGUGGUCAGGAAAGGGGACACGGCGGUGCUUAGGUGUUACUUGGAAGAUGGAGCCUCUAAAGGUGCCUGGCUGAACCGGUCGAGCAUUAUCUUUGCUGGCAGUGACAAGUGGUCUGUGGAUCCCCGGGUUUCCAUUGCCACAGCCAACAGGAGGGAGUACAGCCUGCAGAUCCAGGACGUGGAUGUGACCGACGAUGGGCCCUACACUUGCUCCGUGCAGACCCAGCACACCCCCAGGACCAUGCAGGUGCACCUAACUGUGCAAGUGUCUCCCAAGAUAUUCCGCAUCUCCAGUGACAUCAUUGUGAACGAAGGCAGCAACGUGACCCUGGUGUGUCUGGCCACAGGGAAGCCGGAGCCUUCCAUCUCCUGGAGGCACAUCUCCCCAUCUGCAAAGCCCUUUGAGAGCGGGCAGUACUUGGACAUCUAUGGAAUUACAAGAGACCAGGCGGGGGAAUACGAAUGCAGCGCAGAAAAUGAUGUCUCAGUCCCAGAUGUGAAAAAAGUAAAAGUCACAGUAAACUUUGCCCCCACAAUUCAGGAACUUAAAUCCAGCGGUGUGGUGCUUGGAGGGAACGGCCUGAUACGGUGCGAAGGUGCAGGAGUUCCUGCCCCGAACUUUGAGUGGUACAAAGGAGAGAGGAAACUGAUCAAUGGUCAACAAGGAAUCACUAUUAAAAAUUAUAGUACAAGAUCACUUCUUACUGUUACCAAUGUGACAGAAGAGCACUUUGGCAACUAUACAUGUGUCGCUGCCAACAAGCUAGGGACGACCAAUGCCAGCCUGCCUCUCAACCAAAUUAUUGAGCCUACUACCUCUAGUGCUGUCUCAAGCCCAGCUCCCAGUACAGCCCAGUAUGGGAUCACCGGUGACGCCGAAGUCCUCUUCUCCUGCUGGUACCUUGUGUUGACACUGUCCUCCCUCAGUAGCAUAUUCUACCUGAAGAACAUCAUUCUGCACUAAAUGUAAAGACCAUAAAAGGCUUUUAAGGAUUCCCUGAGAGUGCUGAUGACUGGCUCCAAUCUGGUAGAGUUUGUUAAAAGCAGCGUGGGAUAUAAUCAGCCGUGCUUACAUGGGGAUGAUCGCCUUCUGUAGAAUUGCUCAUUAUGUAAAUACUUUAAUUCCCCUCCUUUUUUUUUGAUUAGCUGCAUUACCUUGUGAAGCAGUACACAUUGUCCUUUUUUAAGACGUGAGAACUCUGAAAUUACUUUUAGAGGAUAUUAAUUGUGAUUUCAUGUUUGUAAUCGACAAGUUUUCAAAAGCAUUCAGUCAUGGUCUGCUGAGUUGCAGACUGUAGUUUACAAAUGAAAAAAGGAUAUUGCAGUAAAAAUGUGCUUCUUUAAGGCUGCAAUACAAACAUUCAGUUCCCUUCUCAACCACCAUUCUCUCCACAUUUACACAGAAGCAUUUGUUCUUUUUUGAGUAAAAAAAAAAAAAUCAAAUAAUAUUGCCUUCAAAGUACUUCUUCAAAAUAUUACACAUAUCUAGAUUUUCUUCUAGCAUGAUAUUCAGGUUUCAAGAAUGAGCCUUGUAUUAUAACUGCAUUGUGCAGUACUGCUUUUGUUCUCUACCCUUUUUCCUGCAAAUUCAGCAUGGUUGUGCCUUCAUAAAACACGACUUUCCUCUUCCUCUCCAACAAAUCUGGAAUGUGGUUUGGGAAAUGCUAAAGCAUCCUUUUGAGCAUAAGAAAUCUCUAGCUGAGGAUGAAGGUGCUACAGACUACAAGGAAAACCUCCUCUGCCAUCCCCAGGGGGUCCAGAAGCUGCUCCAGACACAGGGUUUAGGUCGAGGGUAGCACCAAGUCCUUUUUGUUUUUACCUCCACCACAACUAACCAGUAGGUGAUCUCUGUAAAAAUUAGUUUUCCCAUUACAAAACAGAACACAAAUUAUUUUGAGGCAUCUUUUGAAUGUAGGAAGGUUUCCUGUACUCAUCCUAAAUCCAAAUUCCUACAUGACUGUAAAUGGCAGAAGCUGAAUCGUCCCCUUUUGUAUUACUGGCAAAACUGAUGGGAAUUGGUAUUUUUCUUGCACUUAAUUUUGUACUGGUUUGGCUAAUUUAGCAAUGAUAAAGGAUGCUUUUAAAUAUUAGAUAUCUGAAAAUACAUGAAGUAUCAAGCAGAAUUUUAUAUAUAUACAUAUAUCUAUUAAAAGGAAGUUGCUCCAGGAAUGGUACUGAAGUGCAUGUUGCCGUCCACGGUAGGAUCAUCCUUCCAGGCAGGACUUGUGCUCACACUGUGCAGGUCCCUCCCCCAGCAGGGCAGUCCCCACACACCAUUUCCUAGUCCUGCAGCCCAUGAGGAUCAAGUUUCAAAACAGUGUAUAAUGUUGCUUUUAUUUUUUAAAACCCCUGGGCAGUGUUAAUGUGAAAUGUGCUCACAGUUUACACCUGAUUUCAAACUGCCAUCUGUGGGACUUGCUGGGACAUGACUGUGGCCAACAGUCCUUGAAUCCCAGAUCCCCUGGUGACCCCAAGAGAUCUUGACUUGCUCUCAAACAGCUGUUGAUGACACGAAUAACAAAACCAUUAUCCCAGAAUCCCAGACUGGUUUGGGUUGGGAGGGACCUUAAAGCUCAUUCAGUCCCACCCCCUACCAUGGGCAGGGACACCUUCCACUAGACCAGGUUGCUCCAAGCCCCAUCCAACCUGGCCUUGGACACUUCCAGGGGUGGGGCAGCCCCCACUUUUCACCAUGAUCAUUCCCAUGUUCUGUGUAGGAGCUCCAGUAGCUGACACAAACAUUACAGUACAACAUUAAUUCUCCUCACAGCAGGUUUUGGCAGAGAGCAGCACCAGCUGAGUCCUGGGUAUACUCAGCAGUCCCAAACUCAGCACAGACACCCCAUUUUUCUGACAAGGAGGACUCUGAGUUUUGCUACACUCAAUAUCUACUGUCCCAAUGUGCAGCCAGAAUAUGCAGUGAAUCUGUUGUAGUUGCUGAUAAAGGGCAUAAACAGAGGUAUGUUGACUCCAAGGAGAUGUCCCAGGUCACUUUGCAUGUUCAGUGACAGACCGAACUGUGUCUCUUGUUAUUUGCAGCCAUGUGCUAAGCAGUUACUAUUUUCAGAACUGUGGCAUUUUUUAAAACCUGGAAUAACAUGACAAAAUCCAUUCUGUAAGGAAAGGGUAAAAAUUCAGCUCAAAUUAUAUUGUACACAACCCUGAUAUUCUGAUCUAUCUUGUAUUGCAGCUUUAAAGUGCUCUAUUUUAGAAUCCAUUCACUAGAAACAGUGGUGCUGCAGGAAGAAUUGUGGCAGUACAGUUUGAUGAAGGAAAAACCAAGGAUAGGGAUAACCCAACCAUAUGCCUCAUCUCAUGUGGAAUUGAGAGGUGGUUCUAUGCUGUGGCUGGAUCGGAUCCUGCAUUUUGGUGAUAAAUUGCAUUCCAGGGAUCCCUGAUAUCUGGAACCUGAUCUUUUCAGCAACAGAACAGAAUGAACAGCAGAUUUAUUAAAUAUGGAAAGAUAAUAUAUAGUUAAGUGUUGACUGUUUGCAUUUGGACCAGGUAGAGCCACUGGAUGACAGGUACAAGAUUUUUAGUCCUAUGUUUGAAUUUUCAUUUGGGGGGGACAUAAUUACUGUCAAGUCCAAAAAGAAGAAAAAAAAUCCAGCCAAAUUCCCAAAUAUCUCUAAGUGCCAAUGGCAUUCCUUAGGUGACACAGGGAUUGCUGUCUGUGGGAGCUGUGUGCUCAGCAGUGACCUGGGGGUGGGUGAGGCCACUAGGAUGGUUGUCCUCGGGGUCUGUAGAGUUUGGUCUCCUGAAGGUGCUCUGAGACUGUGCAACCCCAGUUUUGGCAGGAUUGGAGCUGGAGGCAGAGUGGAUCAAAUAAAGACACUUGGUUCUUGGUGAAUCCAUGCUGUGCAGUGACCUGGUGAUUGUACAGGCUGGGACUUACCGGGGUGUUCUCCAAAAAUGGGCCAUGCUGCAAAUUGAACACAACAUUUCACAUUUUAGGAACUGUAGAAUGAGAGAAUGGAUUGAAAGGGGCCUUAAAGCCCAUCUCGUUCCAACCCUGUAAUUUGUGGGGUGCACUUAAGCCAACUGUUUGGGUGUAUGUUCUUCAAAGUUCUGACCCAUAACGUUCAUAUCUGUCGGGGAAAUCAUAUUAUAUUUAUUACCACCUUUCAAAUGCAAAAAAUAAAUGGCUUAGCUGAAUAUUUAUAUCAAGGUUGUUGUCCACAUGGGAACCCCCAAAGUCUGGAAGUUCCUCCUUGUGCAGUAACACAGGGCUGCUACCCCCAUGGCUCUGGGGCCACACGGAGCAGUGGCGCUGCUGGUCGGGAAUAUGAUCCUAAUACUCAAUGAAAGGAUGUCUCACAACUUCUGCAACAAAUGCAGUUUGUUUCUCAAGGGUUUAGAACUUGGCAGGAUCUGUCAGAGCUAGACAGCUUUUUUUUUAAACUGUUCAAUAGAUUUUUUUUUUUCGAAUCAUUGCUGUUUUUAAGACACAGGAGUGUUAAAACCCAUCAUAGUGACAGCUGCUUUUUUGCACAUUUUCUGAGCAAGUGUUCUAGAUAGACAAUGGCAAAUGUUCUGCUACCAAAACCUCCAUCGAGUCCACAGAACUGUGUUAUGAAGAAUGUGUAUACCAAAAUAUGUAUUUACAUGGAUAAACAAUAUGCCUUAAAGACUAAAUAUGCAUUUACUUCUAAGGCUGGAUAAAACUUAUGCCCAGUCUGGAGGUAAAUAAUCCAAAUUUCACAGCUGCCAUGGAAGGCUUUGUUUCUUUGGAGAAAAAAGGGGGGAGAAAAAGCAUUUCUUUUAAAAGAAUCUUAAAUAAUUCUAAAAUUCUUGCAUAAACUGAUAUAUAUGAGGAAGUUUAGGAAAAGUAUGGAGUUUAGCCUGACACUUCAGCACUGGCAAUGCAGGGCUUGCCGUGGGGGCUGUAGUGCCACUCAAAACCUGGCACGACCCAUUUGAUGUCCCCUUGUACACUCAACUCUCUCAAGUGGCUCUGAGCUGGGGCAGAGUGAGGGGCCUGCGUGGGCCCCCAUCCCACAGCACUGUGGGAAUGGGGCCACCUCCCCACCCCGUGCUACUACUGGCAACACAAAAUAGUUUAAAACAAGAAAAUGUUACAAAAAAAUAGAAUUUAAAAAAACCCCAGGAAUUAAAAAUUCUCCACUCAGCCUUAAUAUUGAGAGCAGACAGAUCAGUAUUGGUGUGGGAGGGAAGAAUUUGCUUUGAAUUUGACCAGCCAUGAGCAUGUCCGUGGCAGGGGCAGGCCUGUAUUUGGGUUGGGUUUGGUCCUUAUUUAUGUUCCUCUGUUGAGCUUUGAGGGCAAGGGAGGGGAUUUAUUCUGUAAUCAGCAAAGUCUAUAAUCUAAGUGGAAACGACCAGGCCAAGGCACUGGCACAUGGUCUGGGAAUGGUUUGGGAGGGAUUCUCAGUAAAUCCUGCUCCAAGAGUUCUGUCUGAGCAAGGGCAGGGGAGGUUUUACAGGGGCACCUUCAGCGCUGAGCACGUACCUGUUUGUUCCUAUACCCUUAUGCCUAAUUCAUGAAGAGCUACAAGGUUCCUUUUUAUUAGAUAAUUCUCAUGUUAAAAAAUGCAGAGAUCAGCACAUUUGCCACUUCUCAUAAGCUUAGUUUUCAGUCAUUCAUAUUUUAGAGCAUAUUAAGCUUUCCCAUCACUGGGUAGGAUGAAAAUCUGCAUUACAGGAUGGGGUGGGGGAGUGAGGGGGAUGAUUCCCACCCACUCUGACUGCUCUGCCUUUGUCUGGGAAGGAGCUCAGUGAGGCUGUGGGGUCUCUGAGGGGGCCUACAAGGGGUACACAUCAGUCCCCAGCCACUCUGCAGCCAUUGCACAGUUGCUCCACAACUCCUGAAUUAUCCCUGAGGUUUUAAGUCAAUUUAUGCCCAGAGCCAUCCUGGUGAUGGGAGAAAUGCAGGAGGGACUUUCUCCUUGGCUCCCUCCCUGCACAGCGCUGGGUUCUCCCACACAGUGAACUUUGAACCACCCACAAGCAGCAGUGAAAACCAGCGCAGUUAACAGGGAUUUCCUUGCAGUCCCUCAGUGCCUCAGCCCCAGGCAGUGGGAGGUAGGUACACCUUGGCCCCCAGUAGCAGAAUAAAUUACACUCCUGCAGCAGCCAGAAUUUAAGGACAGGGAGGAGGGGACAGCACAUUGCUGCUCCAGCCCCAACAGCCACAGGACUUUCCCCUCUUAUCAGGCAAAUAUUAGAGUCCUCAUUAUUCCUACCCUCUUCCUAUGCUGCCAGAUAACAAACUGCCUGUAAUGAUGAUGAAUAUUCUCCUCAGUAUCUAGAGGGGGAAAUCUGUUCUCUCCUAAUGCUCAUUCAUCCCUCUCUUUAUUAUUUUUCAGCCCAAACCAAAACACAAUUCACACAUUACACACCACGAUUUAUGUGCAAUAACAUCAGUUUUUCCACUUCUCAGCCCCAUUAGAGUCAGAAACACAUCACUCCCAUUAACCUCCACGACAGUGACUUAAAUGUGAACCACAAGUGAGAAUAACCCUCCAAGAUGAGCUGGAACAGCAGCAGCCUUGAUUUCUGGUGGGUGGCUGAGGAUGAGAUGGCAGGGCCAGGCUUCCCUCCCUCCAUUCUGUAUAUAUGUAUCCAGGUUUUUUAUAUGAAACAGACUUCUCUCUCCUUCAGGGUGGUUAAUUCUGGCUGGGAGGUGCAGCCAUUCAGAUGUGUUUGAUAUUUUGGAUGUGUCAGUCCAGGUGGAGCCGUGGCACAGGCAGGAGAGCGAAAGGCAGUGGGAGCUGCAGGACAGGCUGGCUGUGCCACUUGAGCCUAAUGAGACAGUUCCUGGCAGGAAUUUGGGUUCGGCAGAAACUGUGGGAGGCAGCUCAGUUCAUUAGGCUGUGAAAGCUUUAAAACCUUCAAGAAACUGGUUCUCCUCUCCCAUCUAAGUGAGUUGCUAAAAGCGCUGAGUUGCUCUUCCAUAGAACUUCGAAUUCACUGUUUCCUUCAUUAUCCUUGACCUUUUUACAUGUAUUACCAUAAGGAAAAACCAAGUUAACUUCGGAGGAAACUACUGCAAAUUCACCCCCCCCCAACCUUUUAAAAACAGAGAGCCUGGGGCGCUGGGCCAGGGGAGCAAUGGAUCUAAUUUGCCACUAUAUUCUGUAUAAAGAGGAUUUAAUGUCUACUUGCUAAAAAUUACAGAUCGUAAGUCCCUGUGACUCAUUUCUAAAUGACUUCUAGCAAGACAGGUGCACAAAUCCUCCUCAGCUUUGUGUUAUGAGUAACAGAAAGACAAAUGGUGUGAUGGGACAAGACACCUUUCCAUGUGCUGCUCCCAAAGCCUUGGUCCCUGUGUCUUGAUCCUCAUCUCUUGGUUCCCUUCUUUUGGCUCCCCUUUCUUUGUCCCCAUCUUUUGGUCCCUGUGUCUUGGUGCUUGUUUUGGUGCUCAUCUCAUGGUUCCCAUCUCUUAGUCUCCGUCUCUUGGCCCCUUCUCUUGAUCCCCAUCUUUUGGUCCUCAUCACUUCAUCCCUGUCUCUUGGUCUCCAUCACUCGGUGCCAUUCUCUCCCCAGCCACAGAGAAGGGGAAAGCAGGAGAGCGGGAGGAGGAGGCUGCAGCUCUCAGACUGAGCUCCCAACCCGUAGCAUGGAGCUUAAAACCAGGCAUCAGGCAGUCACCAAAGACAAUGGAGUGUCCUUCCUUGUGCACUGAGGUCUGAGCUCUCACCCUCUCUAACAAGAAGGGCUCUGAGUUCAACCCAAACAAACCCGAAAGCUCCGUGAAGUCCUUCUGACUCAGCCAAACUUCCCUCCCCAAGCUGGACACAUCCGCUCUGCCACCCUUGAGGGUGGGGUGGGGGGACAGUGCCCUUCCAUCAGCUGCAGCAGGGCAGGGAUGGCUGAUGAGACAUGGUGUGGAAAAGACACCUGAGUUUUUCCAGUCUAUCGAUUUUUGUCAUGGGAGCUUCAAUAAGUGUCUCAGUCUCUGUUUCAAUGCCUUAAGCACAUUUUUGCAAAAGGCCACGAUGUAAGAAAGUACAUUUAAGAAAUUAAUUUCCCAAAGUUAAUCAUGCUCAGUGACUCGGCUCCGGCACAGCCGCUCCCCCAGCAGCUGUGGCUCCUCAGGAAGUGCGACGGCGGCAGCACAGUCAAGAGGCUUUGAGGAGUCUCCUGGCGUGGUAUUUCUCUCCAGAAUAUUGCAGAUAAGUCACUUAAUUCUCCUGAAAAUAAAUCAGCUAAGGGCUUUGACCUUCUGUUUGAAUGCAGAAUUAGCACUCCGGGAAAGGUUAAUGAACAGAAGGGAGUAGGGAAAUUUGCACUGAAAUACUCCUGAAAUGUGUUUAAACACGUGCAGGUCUCUGGGCAGGUCUGUGGCAAGAGGAACUGCUCCCGUUGUCCCCUGUGGCCACCAGGACAACCUUCUCAGAGAGGGGGAAAGGGAAAAGAAGAAGGAGAAUUUCCUGCCAGAGGAUAGGAAGGGACAGGGUUUCACUGCAGGUCUUGCCCAUGGGAGACUUGUCUUGGUUCUCAGCUGAGACCUCCACAGAGAACACAAGACCUUCCUCUGGGCAUUCAAAAUGUGUUUGUCUUCCUGACAAACUGAUCUUGAAUUACAAUUCAUUUCUUUGCUUCCCCAUGAAGCUGAUGCACAUUCAAAGUAAUUAUUUUGCCAUAUGGUGAAAGGUGAAAAAAUUGCUGUCAGGCCUCUCAUACUCGGCAUCUCAGCCCCUUUAGCAAGGAUCUCUUUUAUGAGUGUUGAUUUGGCCAAUUCCGGUAAAAAAACAACCCAACCUUCCCCCCCCACCUCCAGACUUUGUCAAUUUCUAAUUCCUCUUCCUCCCAAAAAUCAUGGCAUCACUGCUGUAAAUGACAAAUCAUAAUGGUAAAUACCGGGAUGAGUCCUCAAAGGAAUGGCAAGAACUAAGGCCGCUAUAAUUUAAUAAUCACUUUAUUGUGUUCAUGACUUGUGUCAUCAGAGGUAUUUUACCUGCAUUUAAUGCUCAUGCUUUUAGCAAAACCUGGGAGUUGUGACAAGUGCUUUAAUAUACCAAUAGAUUACAAAUAUUGUGGGAAGAAAUCCCUUCUACAGGCUGAGGCAGAAAAGCAAAACCAAAACAUACCCCAGUGGGUCGUGAAGCAGGCACUGCUCAGUACCAGGCCAGUGACUUCCUCAUGGAAUCAUAGACUGGUUUGGGUGGGAAGGAAUCUCAAAGAUCAUCUAGUGAUGAUCCAGUGCCUUUGGAAGGGUUAAUAAGAAUAAAACGAGUAUUAGGAAAAAAACCCCACAUUUGUCAUUUGUUAAAUGUCGAGAGACACCAUCUGAAAACAAAAGCCAAGGCUUGGAGGGAGCGAGCCAAGUCUGUGUGUAAUUAUCCCUUGAAUAUUCAAAAUAUUGUUAUUAAAACAACUUUCAGCUCCAAUUCCAGUGCAAUAAUCACACCCAGUGUAGAGACAUGUAAAGAAUAUAUAUUUGCUCUAUAGCAGGAUGUGUUUGCGCUCCAGUGUGGUAAUGGCAGCUUCCCUGGCACCAGGCAGGGGGACACCAGUCAUCCUGCAAUCCCAAAUCCAUCAAACCCUUAAAAGCCCUCCAAAUUUUCUGCAAACCUCAAACCCCAAGGUUUGAGUUGGUGACUAAGGGACAAAGAGCAACUCAUAUCAAAAAUGAGUCUUAGGCAAGAUUCUGGGAAGGGUUGGGAUUGCUCUCAGCUCCUGUCCUCCACCUUUUCAACUGGGGCAUCUUCCCCUUUUUUCCCUGCUCCAGGAUAAAUUCCUGGAAAUAACAGAAAGAGCAUUCUGUUAGAGGGAACAUCCUAUAGAGGCGUAACAUCCUGAGUAGGAAAUAACACCCAAAUGUCAAAUUCACAUUCAAGGAUGGGUAUCCCAUGCCACUGGAGACUGGAAAUAGACCUGCUGAGGUGUCCCUCUGUGAUGAUGGAGUCCACCCACCUUCUGCCCACACAGGGCUCUGUGGCAGCAGAGAAAACCCAUCCCAGUGUCCCUGUAAACCCAUCCCGGUGUCUCUGCAAACAGCCCCUGCCUUGUCCCACCUCCCCCAGAGGAGGGUGAUGCUCUCAAAGACACAGCACCCAACUCUUAUCAAUAACUUAUGCAAAUGCACUUAGCAAAGUGCUCCCGCAGAUGUUCUUAAUUAAACCAGCCCAGCCCAAGCCCACAUGAAGCAAUAACCCCCAAAAUGCCUCCCUGCUCUCAUAUGUUCUGAACCACCGCUCCAGGAUACUCCAGGAAUAUUAUUUUUGUAAGAGUAAACGAUUUGCUAAAUAAGCCACCUGUUAAAUAAACACUCCCACUCUCCAAAUAUUGUUAUUUUGUUUUCCAGACUAUGCACAAUCUGGAUUUAUUUUAGAUGAAAAAAGGUAAUCACUAAAGCAGGAAAAGCCCCAAAAAACAGUAUUUUGACUAUUUACAACUAUCCGUCUUGUGUGCACAUCUGCUCCUUUGCAAGCUGGUAGAGCUCUUCCAUUAAAAGAGAUUCACAGUUCCUUAUUCAGCCGGGGGCUAAUGAAUUUCUUUCAUCAGGCCUCAUCACUCUUCCUUUUUCUUUAACUUCUUCAAGCCUUGAAUUGCUCCUCAUUCCCCCGAGUUCCCUUUCUGUAUCUUCUCAUAGGGACAAAUCCCCAUCCAAGAUCACUUUAGCAAAGUUGCCAUGGGAGUAAGGACAGAGUUUGUCUCCUGUUCCAUCAUGCUUUAAAAGCCAAGUUCACCCUUAUCCCACCUCAAAUCUGUCUGUACAGGAACAUCCUGCUGCACCACAGCCCCUGGAAACCUUCAAAUUAGUUUGAUAGUAUGGAUGGCCACUCAAAAAAAAAGGCCCCAAAAAAGAUGAAUGGAAUGGAAUGGAAUAGAAUAGAAUAGAAUAGAAUAGAAUAGAAUAGAAUAGAAUAGAAUAGAAUAGAAUAGAAUACUGCAGUUGGAAGGGACCCUACAACAAUGAUUUAGCUCAAGUACAGGAUGUUAAAAGCCAACACUGCCCUUAGAGCUGAUCCCUGGCCCCUUCUCUCCAUUGUGAUGAAUAAGCUAGGUCAGACAGAAUCAUGGAAUUGUUUAGGUUGUAAAAGCUCUCUGAGCCCAUCGAGUCCAACUGUUCUCCAGCACUGCCAAGGCCACCACUAACUCAUGUCCCCAAGUGCCACAUCCACACAGCUUUUAAAUCCCUCCAGUUAUGGGGACUCCAUCACUGCCCCGGGAAGCCUGUGCCAGUGCCCGACCACCCUUUCCAUGAAGAAAUUUUCCGUCAUCCAAACUAAACCUCCCCUUGCACAGCUUGAGGCCAUCUCCUCUUGUGCUGCCUCUUGUUCCCUGGGAGCAGAGCCUGACACCCACCUGGCUCCACCCUCCAAGGAGCCACUAGCACUUUCUGAGUAGUGUGUGCAGACACAGGGAUUUUAAAUUACUUCAGGGAUUUUCUGUCCUCGUAUCUGACAAUUACAUCUUGUUGUCUCAAAUAAUUACUCAGCUCUGGCAGAGGUUUGGGGAUCCCUGGGGACAUCCUGCUCCUGCUCUACCUGCACAGAAAGCCUGGCUGACGUGGGGAGAGGCUGUGCAGGCUCUUAUCCUGUGGGAAUAAUGGCACAUGAGAUCAGCCCCAUGGAAAUCUGACUGAUUGGCAGUAAAAGCUAGGAAGGUGAUCAUCUAAGUGUAUAAAAUGUGGCCAUAAAGACACUCAGUCAUUAUGAGCUCAGGAAAUUGCAGGCACAGAACUGGCCCAAACUGCUUUUCCCAAUCAGCCCCAUUAUCCAUCCCCUGGUCUCUCUCACAAAGAGCCUUUGUGAGCACAGUUUUUUGGGGCUGUUUUACAUAUUCACAUAUAUUUUCCUGCUCUUUGACACUCACCACCCAGCAGCUUGGCUCCAUAACCUGUAGUGGAUAUUUUUCCUGUGCCUUCUGAAUGAGGCAGUGGCAAAAUCCUCCAGGCAAGUCUCACGCUGACCUUAACAAGAACCCUUUCUUCGCCCAGUUUUCACCCAGCUACAGGUUUACCAGGAUCUCUUAAACACUAAAACCCAUCAGCUCAUGAUAUUUUUCCAGUUGUUUUUAUACAUCUUGACUCUAAUGAAGAUUCUGAGCAAAUUUCACAAAGCCUGUGUUACUCAUUUCACCUCAAAUGCAGUUCAUGAAUUAAUGGUGUCUGUUAAUUGGGCUGCUAAUCCUUCUCCCAGGAAAAAAAAACAAAAACAAAAACAAAACAAAACAAAAAAACCACUAAAAAUAUCAUAAUACUUCUCAUUUUUAGGUACCAUGCUGUAAUAAAUGAGAGGCUUUAAUUAGAGCAGAGUAAGCUCAGUAUAUUCACAUACAUAUAUAUGUACAUGUGUAGGAUAAAAGAAGAGAGAGUUGGACCCUUUUAAGACAGACCCUUUCCUCAACUCUCCAUCUCAGCCUUUUCCACAAAGAAAUCCAGGAUUUGUUUCAUUCAAAGGAUAGACUUUAAAUUUCUAUACUCCUGUCAGGGCAGCAUUAAAUAUUAAAGCCAGAUAUUAAAAUUUCAAGGAACCUAAAUUAAACCUGAGGUAUUCAAAAAUAAGUGUCCCUGAAUAUUUCAUGGUAAAGAUUUUGUAAUUAGCUUCAGAAAUCUCUCACAUGAAGAAAGUGAGGAACUACCUAAUAAAAUGUGACCAUCCCAGCGACCUUCCAGAGGGCUGCUCUCCAUCCACUGAAGGAUUUAUAUUUCUUGGGCUCCAUGACAUCUCUAUGGCUUCCCAAAGAAGCCUUGCCAGCCCAUUGUCUUCUUCAGGCUGGAAAACCCCCAGAGCAUCCCAAGUGUCCCAUCCCUCAUGCAAUAAACAGACUUGUGUGUGGAACCAAAGGGGCCAGGACUCACCAGAGCAGUUCACCAACUUCAGAUUUAAUGAGACAACAAGGAGAUAUUAUUUUUGGUUCCUUUAACUUUGAAUGUCCUGUGAAAGACUCCUGGAUUUACUAAGGAGGAGGAGCAAAACAGCCCAAAUCAGGAUAGGGUUUGUAGCCUCUGUAAGUAGGAUUUCCUCCAUUAUUCAGAAGGACAGGCUGACAUCCAAGGAGCAAUUGCCCAUUAGUGUCCUCCAAAGAUCUUCCAGCUGGACCACUCUCAGUUUGCCACCAGCAUCAGAUUGUUUACAGCUAACACUGAUAACAUCUGCUCCUGUCUGCACAGAAAGCUUUGGGAGAGACAUCCAUGCCAGCAGAGAGCUGGCCCAAUAUUUCAGUGUCAGCAUGGGAAAGCAGCUAAAAAAUACCCCAACAUAUAAUACAACAAUUUAAAUGAGGGUGUCUGUCUGAGCUUGGGAAAUUAAUGUGUACUAAAAUCGUCUGAGAAGAUGCAAAAAAAUAGUAACCAGCUCUAACUCAGUGCAGCGGCAGCAGCAGCAUUAGGGCAUCUCUUCCUCCCUUCACCUGAGUUCUUGGGGCUGUGAAACAACCCUGUUUAUAACGCACUUCCUAGAAAUUCAUUAUAUAAGAAUUAGAAUUCGUUACUCUAAAGGCUGUUUAUGUGCAUUUUUGUAAGAGGAAAGUUGCUUUAAACCAAUGCUGUGCCAAAUUUUUACCUCUCUUGGAGAAUUUGAGUUCAGCAAAUAAGGCCAGUGAUGUGCAGCACAGCUUGUACCCAGCCAGAAGGCCCUGGGUGCUGUCCUAGGUAGCCAGCUGACAGUCUGUGCGUGUUAAGGCUGUGGACUAAGCCUGAGCUACUGUUUAAAACUGCAUAAUUAACCAUACAUAAUUAGCAAUACCCUCAGAGAAGCAGGUUCCUGGGAUCAUGAGUGCCAUGUGCUGCCUCUACUGAGCCCACAUCUGCAGAUAAGGGGGAUCCUGCUAUUGGAAGCUCUUAUACCUGUGGAAAUCUAAUAGAGAUCAGUGUAAAUAGAAUACAAAAAGUAAGUCAUUGCCUUCAAUCACUGUGAAGAGGCUUAAAUGCCUUCCCAAAGGAGAAUAUUGGUCUAUGACAAUGGGCAGAAGAUAAAGAGCAGAUUCAAUGGUACAGACUGUAAUUUAAUAUUCACAGUUUGUCUAAUCAAAGUAAACACACCCUUUCAUAGGAACAUGUAAAAGUUAUUGAAUUAUUGUGGAAAA